AUGGCGUCCGGGCGGAAAGACUUCUUGAACCAACCAGCCCCCGAAAACUACGUUGCGGGUUUAGGUCGUGGUGCCACCGGAUUCACGACGCGGUCGGAUCUGGGACCUGCACGAGAGGGCCCUACACCAGAACAGAUCCAAGCUGCACUUGCGAAAAGAGCAGAGCUCUUGGGCGCAGCUCCCCCAACGGCAUACGGAGCUGCUCAAAAAGGCGGCAAGGAAGAUGAAGGGGAUGAAGGAGGGGACGAUGAACGAUUCCAAGAUCCGGACAACGAAGUCGGUCUUUUCGCCUACGGCCAGUUUGAUCAGGAUGAUGACGAGGCAGAUCGCAUUUAUGAGGAAGUAGAUGAGAAAAUGGACAAGCGACGGAGGAUAAGAAGGGAAGCCCGCGAAAAACAAGAGCAAGAAGAACACGAACAAAAGAACCCCAAGAUCCAGCAGCAAUUCGCCGAUUUGAAACGUUCCUUAGCUUCGGUUUCCGAGGAUGACUGGGCCAACCUUCCUGAAGUCGGAGAUCUUACCGGAAAGAACAGACGAGCGAAGCAGAAUCUACGCCAGCGUUUCUAUGCCGUACCGGACAGUGUUAUUGCCGGCGCAAGAGACGCGCAGCAAUUCGAUACUACCAUAAACGAGGACGGCACGCAAACCGAAGGUGGAGGCGGGGACGGAGCGAUGACGAACUUUGCGGAUAUCGGUGCUGCUCGUGACAAGGUGCUGAAAGUCAGACUCGACCAAGCUGCGGGAUCGACAGGUGAUGCCGCGUCGGGAAGUUCGACAAGUAUCGACCCGAAGGGAUACCUCACGAACCUCACGCAAUCAGAACUCAAGGCCGGUGAAGUGGAAAUCAGUGACAUCAAGCGUGUUCGCGUCUUGCUCGAGUCGGUAACGAAGACGAACCCGAAACAUGGCCCAGGUUGGAUUGCCCUUGCACGUUUGGAGGAGUUGGCUGGGAAAAUGGUGACCGCUAGAAAUACCAUGGCCAAGGGUUGCGAGCUUUGUCCGAAGAGCGAAGAUGCGUGGUUGGAGAAUAUCCGACUUAACGAGGGACAUAACGCCAAGGUCAUUGCUGCGAAUGCGAUUAAAAACAACGAUCAUUCGACGAGACUCUGGGUUGAAGCUAUGAAACUGGAAUCGGAUGCUCGUGCAAAGAAAAAUGUUCUGCGCCAAGCCAUUCUUCAUAUUCCUCAGUCCGUUGCUAUUUGGAAGGAAGCUGUGAACUUGGAAGAGGACCCGGCUGAUGCACGUCUUCUCCUCGCGAAGGCGGUCGAGAUGAUUCCUCUAUCCGUGGAGCUUUGGCUUGCUCUUGCUCGCCUUGAAUCUCCAGAAAAUGCACAGAAAGUCCUCAACGCUGCCCGUAAAGCAGUUCCAACGAGCUAUGAAGUGUGGAUUGCUGCGGCGCGACUACAAGAGCAAAUGGGUACUUUCCACAAAGUCAACGUUAUGAAGAGGGCUAUCCAGUCUCUCGCAAGGGAGAAUGCCAUGCUCAAGCGAGAAGAAUGGAUAGCGGAAGCUGAACGAUGCGAAGAGGAGGGUGCAGUUCUCACCUGCGGUGCGAUUGUCCGUGAGACUCUGGGAUGGGGCCUGGAUGAAGACGACGACCGCAAGGAUAUCUGGAUGGAUGACGCCAGGGGCAGUAUCGCCAGGGGCAAGUACGAGACUGCUCGAGCUAUUUACGCCUAUGCGCUGCGUGUCUUCGUCAACCGCAGAUCGAUCUGGCUCGCAGCAGCCGAUCUGGAGCGUAACCACGGCAGCAAGGAAGCGCUGUGGCAAGUCCUCGAAAAGGCCGUGGAGGCGUGUCCGCAGAGCGAGGAGCUAUGGCUACAGCUUGCUAAGGAGAAGUGGCAAUCCGGAGAAAUCGACGAUGCGCGGCGAGUCCUCGGCCGUGCCUUCAACCAGAACCCCAAUAACGAAGACAUCUGGCUUGCCGCCGUCAAACUGGAAGCUGAUGCCGACCAGACAGACCAGGCACGAGAGCUGCUCUCCACGGCCCGUCGCGAGGCAGGCACAGACCGUGUUUGGAUCAAGAGUGUUGCAUUCGAGCGCCAACUGGGCAACAUUGACGACGCUCUCGAUCUCGUAAACCGAGGUCUCCAGAUCUACCCCAAGGCCGACAAGCUCUGGAUGAUCAAGGGUCAAAUCUAUGAAGCCCAGAACAAGUACCCGCAAGCCCGGGAGGCAUACGGAACAGGUACCAGAGCGUGCCCCAAGUCGGUCCCUCUCUGGCUCCUGGCAUCCCGUCUGGAAGAGACAGCAGGCGCAGUCGUCAAGGCCCGUUCCGUCCUCGACAGAGCCCGUCUCGCCGUCCCCAAGAGCGCAGAACUCUGGACCGAAAGUGUCCGCGUUGAAAGACGCGCGAACAACAUCGGCCAGGCGAAGGUCCUCAUGGCAAAGGCGUUGCAAGAAGUGCCCAACUCAGGAUUACUCUGGAGCGAAAGCAUCUGGCACCUCGAGCCACGGCCGCAGCGCAAGUCACGGAGUUUGGAGGCGAUCAAGAAGGUUGAAAACGAUCCGAUUCUGUUCAUCACCGUGGCGCGGAUCUUCUGGGGUGAGCGCCGGCUGGAGAAAGCUAUGACCUGGUUCGAGAAGGCGAUUGUUUCGGACAGUGACUUUGGAGAUGGGUGGGCUUGGUAUUACAAGUUCCUAUUGCAACAUGGUACAGAGGAAAAACGAGCGGACGUCAUCUCCAAAUGCAUCAUAACCGAGCCCAAACACGGCGAAGUCUGGCAAGCGAUCGCCAAAGACCCAGCCAACGCGCGCAGGUCAACCGAGGAGAUCCUCAAACUCGUUGCAAACAACAUGAAUUAA